AUGGCAGACGACCUGGCUCGCCUCGUGCACCAGAUAGAACGCGUUGUCACUGCACCUUAUGCGCCCUCGCUGCAGGAUCUGCACGAGCUCGCCCAUCAAUGCUCGAACUCUACAAUUGAGUCCUGGGCUUUCUACAAACCUUGCCAGGUCGGGCUGUUGGCCGAUGUGCUGGUCGAAGGGCUGUCUCGAUCUCGCGUCGCGCUUCCACUUGUUUCCGCUUUUGCGUCUGUAACAUCCUUUCGAGAUGCGUUGCUGGAGCGCCACCCGGUCAUCUUGGAUGGCUUUCUCGAAAAGACUCUCGACGCCGAGGAGCUCGAGUACUACCCGGCAUGUGUUGUCCUGCUGUCAUCACCUCUCCCAUCCGAGGUUGUGCCACCAGCGCGUCUAUCUAGCUUCAUCACGAAGCUAGUUUCUCGAAUGGCAGAAAAUCCCUGCGCUGAGACAAUCACGCCUCUGCACACUCUAAUAAAUGGUCUCCAAGGAUCCCUAAGGAUCCUAUACGAGCUUUCCUCAGAAACCCUGUCGAAUCUGCAACUGGAAUUCACCAAGACCCUGCGCAACCUCGACGACCACAUGGGUAACCUCCUGUGCCUAGCAACCUUUGCGCCAAUUGCAUCUGCAUUUGAUACUGCAUAUUAUCGCCACCACCACAAACAACAACACGGACCGGAAGCUCCAUCUUGGCUUCUUAACAUCAAGCAUUUCUUCGGCCCGAAGCGCGGCAUGAAGACCUUGGAUUUGGUUGUUUUGCGCGUGAUCUUGGCGUGCUCGUCUAGCUGCAAUAGCUUAACUCCGUCUGCGGCUGCGGAAAGUAUUCGUCUGGCUAUUUGCAUUGCCGAUGCUCUUGAGAUUGACCAGAAACAAACUUGGAUUUCGGGCAAUUCUUCUAAGAUCGGCAAAUUGUGUGAAAAGAUUGCCAGGAAGGGUCUCGACGAUGAGAUUCGGAUGAUGGGCGUGGUAUUUCUGCACACUCUUCUCCCCCCUCAGUCAAUUCCAUCUCAGAUGCGCGGGCUUGGUUUGCAAACCCUCAUCUCGAAGGACAGCAAGAAGGAUUUGCAGGCCAUACCACCGCAUCUAAUUCCACGCCUUGCAGAAUCGUUGGCUGAUUGCGGGGAAUCUUCCAUCAAGGAACUGUUGAGUUUUAUAUUUGCCGCUCUGGCACACAGUGCUUCGCCCAGCGAAAACACUUUGUUAACCAUCCGAUUGGCGCACUUGAUUCUUAUUGGUUUGAAAAAUACCAAAUUCCAACCGGAACUGACUAUCAUCAACAGCACGGUGUUCGCCAUUGGUACAGAUACAAUCGGACCUAUGCUUGAGCACUUCCCCGCCAAGCCAGCUCAAAGCCAAUGUGAUGGGUCUAGUACUUGUGAGUCUGCCUUGAGCAGUGCUCAGAACAAACUGUUUCUUGAUCUUUUCGAUCUCUAUUCUUCCGCCGCUCUUGCACGAAACGGGGCCGAGGACACCAGCAUCAAAAUCAUGAGGGUCUUUGUAGACCGCAUGGAGAAAUCAUUGUCAGGCAGCAAAUGUGCAUUUUCGAAGUCGAAACCAGCAGACUUCCGUGGCUCCCUAGCUUUGCGCGACACACCAGAUUUUCUGUCAGCUCAUUGUUCAUCUCGGGACUGGCGUGCUGGGUUUACUGACACGUUCAUGAAAAACGCGCAAACAUUCCACAAUGCUACAAUGAAGAAAGCCGAAGAGCUCUGCUUUGAUCUGGAGCGUCGCUGCUACAAUACCGAGGCACCGCUACGGGCGGUCGAAGAGGAGCGAGACGGGUACAUCAUCGAAACCGAAGAACUGAAACGACACAACAGGGAGCUAGAAACGCAACUGCAGCAGUUAUCCAGCACUAUCUCCAAUCUACAGCAGGAGAUAGCUCAGCUUGGAGAACACGCCGAACAUGCUUGCACUAGAGUGGAAGAGUUGUCUGCAUCUCUGGACUCUACACACCACGCACUCCGGGAGCAGCGAUGCAGCUCCGACGAGAUAAUCCGGGUUGAAAAGGAAAAGGCUCGAACUAGGGAGCUUGACUUGAUUGCUACUUUGACCGAAAAGGAUGAUCUGUUGGAGGAGCUGCAGGAAGAAGUACACUCUUUGCAAGCUGAGAAUGAGCAGACGAGGAAGACGCUGGAUAGUGUUUCCAAGGAGAAAGCUACCUCCCUGGACGACUCUGCGUCUUUGCGUCGAGAAAUCGGUAGCUUGGCAGGGCUUCUUGAAGAGAGCAAACGGCUUUCUACUCUGAAAGAAGACGAAGUUAAACGUCUCUUGACAGACCAAGAGGACAUGCGAAUGGAGCUUGGUAAUUUCAAAACGACGACGGAAGAACAAAACAUAGAAAUUGACCGUCUCUUCUCUGCUCUGCAAAAGACCGAGGAGCAGUCGAGGCGUGAGAUCGAGAUAAUGAAAGAAAACCACCAGGCCGAGGCUUCUCAGGCCGCAUCGGAAAAUGCACGACACAAAGAGGACAUAAAGCGUUUGCAGAUUACUGUAUCUGAUGCUUCCAAGGAAGCACAGACAAAGGACAAACGGAUUCAGAAUCUGGAAAAGAAGAUCCAAUCUCUACGGAAUGAACGCGCAGCCAAAGCUCGAGAGUUCUCCGAGGCACAGCAACACAUCGGCCGACUGAUGGCCGUCAUGGGCUUCACAGCCCAACCAACCGAACCAAAGCACCCCAGCAGGCACCAACGUUCUCGGUCUAGCGUCGCCCCAGCCCCUGGUGCCAGCAUCCCACAACCGACGCGGAAUGAAGAAGACGACAUGCAACUCGCCCAGUCCUUUGAGUACAUGACGUCUAACCUCAGUCACCCAAGUCCAAACCGACCCCGGGGCAGCCGCCUCUCCAUCCACCCGUCUCAGGCUCCACCGUCCAAGAACCCUGGCAUUGCAGUCCGCACGCCCAAGGGUCAACCUGCCCCUGCACCUGGCACACAAAAGUCGGUGCGGAAGCCUCUUGCGGAGACAGACCGCAACAGCCCUUCCAAAUCGCAAUCUAGCCAGGCUUCCAAACAGAGCCAAUGCGAUUUGUCCACCCAAGAGAUUCAAGAAGAACCUGAGAAUCGACUUCAGGAAGUCAACUUGGAUAUGGAUCUGGAGUCCUCUAGGGACUUUAUCUUUACGAGUACUGCUUUCUCAGGGUCAAAUGAUCACCCGGCUCUGCAUUAA